GACCUGGCAGGAUCCAUGACUAAUUUCAGGACGGCCCAACACCAGGAUCCAACCCUGCAGCAAGCCAGAGCAGACGUGCAGGUCGUAGAUGGUACUCCCAUAAAUGAUGGGAUGAUACCUAAUAGUUUUCCCCACUUCAUCAUGAAAAAUGGUUUGGUGUACAGAGUCUCAAAAAUAGGGGUUGAUGUGGUGGAACAGUUGUUGGUCCCCACCCGGUACCGGAGGACAGUACUGGAUCUAGCUCAUGGGCACAUUCUGGGUGGACACCUUGGUAUCGAUAAAACCCGAGACCAGAUUGCUGGAGGUGUGAUUAUCGGCCUGGGACUUAUGGGUCAAUUCGUCUACCAUGGCAGUACUUCAGAGUUUGAGAACCAGUCCAAAGGGUUUGUCAUGCUGUAUGUGGUAGGAGGCAUCACCAUGGUCAUGUCUCUGCUUGGGGCGUAUGGAGCACACAGAGAGAAGAGAAUUCCCCUGAUCAUGUUUCUGGUAGCCCCACUAGUACUGGGCUGUUCAUUAUCAACGAGGUUUUCCACUUCAUCCUCAUCCUUUAUUGUCUGCUUCUGCCUCCUGUGUGUGGCGUUGCCCACAGCCAUGUACCGUCCUGAGGUAAAGAGGAUUGUGGAGGAGAAGUUCCGUGAGGUCCUGCCUCUGAACGAAGCCUCCCCUGAUGUUAGACAGCUCACUGAGAGGAUUCAGCUGAAUUUGAAGUGCUGUGGGCUGUUCAGUUACACAGACUGGGGCAACAACGUCCCUGACUCCUGUCUCUGUCAGGGUGAGGAAGAUCAGAUGGAGGGUACAUGCCUGAACAUUCCAUACCAGUUGUUCCUUUCAGAGUUCAGGAUGACUGGACACCAGAAGCUGAUCUACAAACAGACCUGCUUCCCCAUCAUCGAGGGCUACGUGGCUAAAGCUCUGGACAUCCUGUUGGGCGCUUCCUUCGGAUUCGCUGCUCUGGCUCUCCUGGGAGCGGUGAUGUCUGCCGUCCUGCUGGCUCAGCUGAGGAGCUCUACCGUAGCGGUUCCUGUGGUGUUCAGUGUCAGCUCUCACCCGUCCAAGUUCAGCUUCAGUUCCCACCCGCCCAAGUACAGCGAGCUUUACAACGAGCCUGAGAAGCAUGAGAAGUGAAAAGCAGGUUGAGGUUCAGGAUGCUGAGGUUCAGGAUGUGGUUAGUUAGAUGACAUUGUUUAGGCUGUUGUUCAGUCUGGCUCAGCAUAGAAAUAUAACUACUAGAAUGGUUAAAGCCCCACAGACCUCGGCACUAUGACUGCACCACCAUGGGGUAUGAUCAAUAUAGUUGAAUGGGGAUUGUCUUUCUAGUGAUCUAUUUCUAUGGUGUCCAGACUCACACUGUUUUCCUUCCACAUCUUCUUAUGGUUGUUGUGUGUUUUUUAACGAGAGGUCUCCUUAACUCUCUUACUGACUGUCAAACCAAAAGGAAGGUGCUACUUCCUUCUGUGUGUCAUUUGCUUUGA